GGACUGACCGGUGCUGAUGCUGAUCGAGCGCUGAAGGUGGACUCGGAUUUAACGCCAACGAAUACGACGUUUUCAUUUCACCAAAUGAUUUUUUGAUCUAUUCAUUGAUUUUUAAAACGGAUUCCAGUAGUUGCAUAGUGUAUUCUGCGAAGUUGUUUUCAUUUUUGAAAGCUUAAUUCGCCCACGCAUCGGCGCAACUGAUAAGCAUCAAGAUACCACGAUUGUUUGAUUGAUGCGCCUGUCUGCAAAGUUCUGGGUGGACGCCAAGAUCUGCUGACCAGAGAAAGUUUCGUUGAAUUAAAUCAGACCUAUCAUACAGGAUGGCGGAUGCGUCUGAAUGUUGUGUAAAGGUGAUGUGUCGAUUCAGGCCACUUAACGAAUCGGAAAUCAGAAGAGGUGACAAAUACAUCCCGAAAUUCAAAGGAGAGGACACCGUCGUGAUUUCGGGCAAGCCGUAUAUCUUUGACCGAGUUCUUCCACCAAACACAAACCAAGAACAAGUUUAUGACUCCUGUGCCAGACAGAUUGUUAAAGAUGUGCUUGAAGGUUAUAACGGGACCAUCUUUGCAUAUGGCCAAACCUCAUCAGGCAAGACUCACACUAUGGAGGGAAAGCUACACAGCGCCCAGCAGAUGGGCAUCAUUCCUCGCAUUGCCCAGGACAUCUUUGAUCACAUCUACUCUAUGGAUGAAAAUUUGGAGUUCCAUAUCAAGGUCUCUUAUUUUGAAAUCUACCUGGACAAAAUCAGAGACUUACUUGAUGUUUCCAAAACCAACCUCGCUGUACAUGAGGAUAAGAACCGGGUGCCCUUUGUCAAGGGCUGCACAGAGCGCUUUGUGUCCAGUCCAGACGACGUCAUGGAUGUGAUUGAUGAGGGAAAAUCCAAUCGUCAUGUCGCUGUCACAAACAUGAAUGAACACAGCUCCCGCAGUCAUAGUAUUUUCCUCAUUAACAUUAAACAGGAAAAUGUGGAGACAGAGAAAAAACUGUGUGGGAAGCUGUACCUAGUAGAUCUGGCAGGAAGUGAAAAGGUCAGUAAAACUGGAGCAGAAGGAUCUGUGUUGGAUGAGGCUAAAAAUAUCAAUAAGUCUCUUUCUGCUCUGGGGAACGUCAUCUCAGCCCUGGCCGAGGGAAGUAAAACUCAUGUGCCAUACCGAGACAGUAAAAUGACAAGGAUCCUUCAGGACUCUUUGGGUGGGAACUGCAGAACCACUAUUGUCAUCUGCUGUUCUCCCUCCAUAUACAAUGAGUCUGAGACCAAAUCCACUCUCAUGUUUGGCCAGAGAGCCAAAACCAUUAAAAACACAGUUUCUGUGAACAUGGAACUGACAGCAGAGGAAUGGAAAAAGAAAUAUGAGAAAGAGAAAGAAAAGACCAGGGGUCUGAAAGUCAUCAUCCAGCGACUUGAAAAUGAGCUCAAACGUUGGAGGAAAGGUGAGAGUGUACCUGUUAAUGAGCAGCUCAGCAGUAAAGAUCCGAAGAAUUCCGAAGCCACUCCCGUAAUUGACACUUCGGCUCCACCUCCUGAACCUCUUUGUGAUUCAGAGAAAACCCAGUAUGAGGAACUGAUCAAUGACCUGUAUCAGCAGCUAGAUGACAAGGAUGAUGAGAUCAACCAGCACAGUCAGCUGGCAGAAAACCUCAAGCAGCAGAUGGUAGAUCAGGAUGAGCUGCUGGCCUCCACACGGCGUGACUAUGAGAAGGUCCAGGAAGAGUUGAACCGAUUGCAGCGUUACAACGAUGCGGCUAAAGAGGAGGUGAAGGAAGUACUUCAGGCCUUAGAGGAGCUUGCUGUGAACUAUGACCAGAAGAGCAAUGAGAUGGAAGAGAGAAUUAAAACAAACCAACAGCUCUCUGAGGAGCUUGUGCAGAAGAGUGCAUCUCUGACUGGGGUGGAGAGGGAUUUGGCUGCCCUGCAGGAAGUCAGCGGACAUCACAAGAAGAGAUCAGCAGAGAUCCUGAGUUUAUUGCUCAGAGACCUCAAUGAGAUUGGCAGUGUUAUUGCCUUGAAUGACCACAAGAUGGCAGAGUUAAAUGGCGGAAUGGAGGAGGAGUUUACCGUGACAAGGCUCUUCCUCAGUAAAAUGAAGUCAGAGGUGAAGUCUCUGGUCAACCGCAGUAAGCAGCUGGAGAGCGCACAGGCAGACACAAUGCACAAAAUGCAGAUCAAUGAGAAGGAGCUUGCAUCCUGUCAGCUGCUCAUCUCUCAGCAUCAGGCAAAGAUCAAAUCCCUCACAGACUACAUGCAGAACAUGGAGCAGAAAAAGAGACAGCUGGAGGAAAGCCACGACACUCUGAUGGAGGAACUUGCUAAACUUAAUGCAAAUGAAAAGAUGCAUGAAGUGUCAGUUCAGGAUAAAGAGAAGGAACACAUGACCAGGAUGCAGGAUGCUGUGGAGAUGAAGAAAGCUUUUGAACAGCAGAUGGAAAGCCACAGAGAGGCUCACCAAAAGCAGCUCUCUCGUCUCAGAGAUGAGCUUGAGGAGAAACAGAGGAGCUUGGAUGAACUGAAGGAUGUGAAUCAGGCUCUUCAGCUGGAACAGAAGCAGCUCAUCUCUGACUAUGAGAAGCUCAAGCAGGAGGAACAGAAGAAGGACGAGAGACUCCAGAAGCUCAUUCUGUUGAAUGAGAAGAAAGAGCAAGCCAAGCAGGAUCUCAAGGGUCUAGAGGUGACUGUGACCAAAGAGCUUGAGACUCUCCAUAAUCUGCGCAGGCUAUUCAUCCAUGACGUCAGCGAGCGAAUGGGACGAAAUAUAGAUCUGGAUGUUGAUGAAUCAGGUGGAAGUCUGGCACAAAAGCAGAAGAUCAUUUUCUUGGAGAACAACCUGGAGCAGCUUACUAAAGUCCACAAGCAGCUGGUACGUGAUAAUGCAGACCUGAGGUGCGAGCUGCCUAAACUGGAGAAGCGUCUGCGCGUAACAGCCGAGCGUGUGAAGAUUCUGGAGUCUGCUCUGAGAGAAGCUAAAGAGAGCGCCAUGAGAGACCGUAAGCGCUACCAGCAGGAGGUGGACCGCAUCAAGGAGGUCAUUCAGGCCAAGAACCAGGCCAGGAGGAAUCACAUUGCACAGAUUGCUAAGCCUAUUCGUGCUGGCCAUCAUCACCCUGUGGCCUCCGCCUCACCAGGUCACUCUGUCCGAGGGGGCGUCCCGAGCCCACGGCGACAUCACCAUCAGUACCAGCCCCAGCACCCCCAACAGCAGCAACAGUACCAUCACAGGAACAAGUAAAAGCAAGCAUGGGACAAACCAUUACACGGACCAAUGUCUACAGUAUUCAGACAUUCUUUCCAUUACAACCAUGUGUGGCAACAAGAAGGCAUCUUUUUCCACUUUUUCCUGUUCUAUUCAGAGAAGGAAAAAUAACUCCUGCCAUCUUUUACUAAGACUUCUUAAGUUAACUUCCUGUCCUUACCAUGAGCCCCACACACAGUUAUCCUGUAUAAGUCAGAUCCUGUCCUCUCUAUUCAGUCAGGCCUGGAAGAAGAUCUGAGCUCUGCAGACUCAUCAAUAGAUAAACAUGCGCAGGAAUUUAUGAAACGAAAUUGAUAUGAACUCCUCUCUACUAAAGACUCAAUGUUUUAAUGGUUGAAGUGUUGUUAUCACAUAUUACAGUGAAUCAGCUUGUGUUUUUAAGAUGCCAGACUUACUGUACGUGGAGAGAAGUAUCAGUCUAGGAUGAAAAUAUGUUGCAAAACUUCCCAACAUUUUUUUUGUCUUAAUGGCCAUGCAUUGACAUGAAUGUGUUUUAAUAAUGCUUGAUGUGAUUUUUAUUUAUUUAUUUAUUUGCUAGAUUUUAUUUUAUAUAAAUUAAGCAUUUGUAUUAAUUCAUUGAUAUUGGUUCGUUUGUAAAUGUAAUUUUUUACUACCUUUUGUGUAUUAUUUAUUUAAAUUUAACUUUAGUGUCGCACAUUAAAUCCAGGGCAUCAUGUAUACAUGUUUUUUACCGAUAUGGGUGCUGAACAUUUUCUUCGCAGUAAUUUAAAUGAUUAUAAUCUGGAACAGCAGUAAAUAUCAGUAGAAACACAUCUGUGGUGGUACAGUUAAGAAUUGUGUUUUGUAAACUGAUCUGUUUGAAAUAACAAAUGCAAUCAUUAUAAAAAAAAGCCAAAGUCAGAAACAUUCAAACAUAAAACACAAAAAGAUCACAUAUACCUGUACGUACAUCAAAGAUUCAGUAGCAAUGUUUCUGGAGAGAUAUUUUACAGCUGUUCCGUUUAUUAUGUACUAUUUAAUUUUGAUGUACUUUUCUAUCAUUAUUUAUUAUUUGUGCGUUUUUACUUUUGAUAUUGUAUAUAUUGUAAAUUCUGAAUGACUCUUUCAAAAAUGUUGUUUCAUCAAGGAAACCAUCACACGAAUAUUACAGUCUACAAAAAAAUGUUACCUGAUGAUUGUCUGUUAUUGUCACACAUAAGCUACAGUAUACAGUAUACGUCUGUGUUCAGUAUUGUGUGUCUUAUCAAUUCUGACAACAUUUCAUUAGUACAUGAAAUUUUCCUCUAAAAAUGUUUACAUCAGUUGACUAUAAGGACUGACCAACUGCAUUAUACUGUAAGUGCAUUGAACUGUGGGAUGCUACUCUGAUGACAAUUGUUUAAAUAAGCACAAAAAUGACAAAGAGAAAAGGCAGAGAAAUUCAGCAAGUAGUCAUGCACCCAUGUCAAACUUCUAAUUCACUGAAUUAUGUUUUUCUUCUUUAUCUUCUAGUGAAAAAAGUGCACAAACUGUUGUAAACGUAUAUCUCAUUGUACUGUUUUAUAGUGGAGUUACUGCACACACCUCUAACAUGUGUUUGUCCUCAGGUUCAGUGUUGCUCGUCGAAGUUAAGAUGUGCUAAAAUUUACCUCAGAAUACAGUGUGCAAAGCAUCUAAAAAUGAGAUGGGCCUAUCAAAGAAUAUCAAAUGAAAGUUAUUUAGCUGGUAAGGAAAGUGCCAACAAGGACUCACAUUUAAAGUAUUGUAUUGUUCAAAGAUAUUACGAGAAAGCGCAUGUGUUUUGGAUAACAGGGUUUCAGAUGCAUUCACUCAUUUGUUAUCAGAUUGUGAAAGGAAUAAAGGUUUACAAAUAAAGAUAAACUGCAUGGCUUUGGGUUUUGUUU